CCAACACCGCCGCUAACUCUUCCUUCCGAUCGUUACGCAUUUCGUUAAUUUUAAUUUUUAAUUACCUCCUGAUUAGUUACGCAUUUCGUUAAUUUUAAUUACCUAAUUAGUUGUGGUUCACAAUGCAAGUCACAUAGUAAGCUAUAAUACUCUAUACCACACUGGAUUAUACCUCUAUUUCAUUUUUUCGGUUAAUUACCAACAACAUAACCGUAUUGUUGAAAUUAGAAACAGAGUGAGUGAGAGAGCAUUAUUUUCUGUUUAUUCAUUCUAAUUCCAAUGGAGCUUCGUCGUAGUCAACGCAUUUCCAAUUCAAGAUCUUCUGGACUAAUUUUGACUAGUUACGAGGAAGAAGAGAGUGAUUUUGAGGAAGAAGAAAAUGCAAGAGAAUCAAGUGGUAUUGUUGUUGAUGAAGUUAUAGAGAACAAAGAUAACAACGAACCGCCAAUGGUUCAGGUUCUACAGCAGCCACUUCCCAUUGAUUUAACAGGAAAUAAAACGAAGGUAGAUGGAAGGAAGUCAAGGAAAAAGGAAAAGCCAGUGUUAAGAUGGCAACUGAGGGAAAAGCAGCUCGAUACAUUUGUUCGUAUGACAAUGUUACAAGCAAAACACAUAAGCUACAGGGAAAAAGAUUAUGAGGAUGAAAUGUUGGAUAAAACUGCUGAGGCAUCAUCUGAUUUCAUCGUACCUUUGCUUAGAUACCAAAAGGAAUGGUUAGCCUGGGCUUUGGAUCAGGAAAACAAUUUCGGAGGUGGAGUGCUUGCAGACGAAAAGGGAAUGGGAAAGACCAUUGAAGCAAUUGCUCUUGUCCUUGCCAAACGCGAACUCGAACAAAAUGUAGUGUUGCCUUUGGUCAAAGGAACUCUUGUGAUUUGUCCUGUGGUUGCUAUUAAUCAGUGGGUCGAUGAGAUUGAUCGAUGUACUUUAAAAGGAAGCACCAAGGUUCUAGUUUAUCACGGGGCUGACUGGAUUACGGAUUGGAAAGAGUUCUCCGAGUGUGAUUUUGUGAUAACUUCAUACUCUAUUGUUGAAUCUGAGUGCAGGAAUAAGUCAAAUUGCCGUGACAGAGAUUGUGAAGGACCUAGUGUUGUUAGACACGAAAAACACUCCAAGGAAGUUAAGAAAGAUAAAUCAAAUGCUAUGCCAGCUCUACACGCUGUAAAGUGGCUGCGGAUCGUACUGGAUGAGGCACACUAUAUAAAAGAUAAUUGUUCUAAAACCACUCAAGCAGUGUUUGCUUUAGAAUCUACAUACAAAUGGGCAUUAAGUGGCACUCCAUUUCAGAACCGUCCUGGAGAGUUGUAUCCUCUGAUAAGGUUCCUACAGAUAAAUCCUUAUUCCUAUUACUUUUGCAAACACUGUGAUUGUAGAGUUCUUCAUCACAGGUAUGGGUUAUGUUCAGACUGCUCCCAUGGCUUUGGGGAUCAUUUCAAUUGGUGGAAUAAAUACAUUGCUAAACCAAUUGAAUCUUCUCCAUCCAAUGAUGUUUGUGGGGAAAAAGCGAUGAUAUUGCUCAAACACAAAAUUUUGAAAAACUUGGUACUUAGACGUACAAAAAUAGGCAGGGCUGCUGAUCUUACACUUCCAUCUACAACUGUUUCAGUGAGAAGGGAUUUCUUGGAUAGAGAAGAGCUCGACUAUUAUGAAACAUUAUACAAGGAAUUUCAAACAAAACUUGAGAGUCUCUCAUACAGAUAUGUUAGAGAAAAUACUACAAGGCUUCACUGUAGCGAAAUCGAUGCCCUCUUCAUACAGCUGUGUCAGGUAACAUAUCAUCGCUACCUUGUGGAAUUUUCUCAAAGUAAGGAGUUAAGUGCUGAAAAUCUAGAAAGUGAUGCGGCUGACAGACAAGAACGUGGCAUUUGUCAUGAGCCAAAAGAAGAACAUGUGGAUUUAACAUCCAACGAGGACGUUAGGGAUCAGGAUGAUAAAACCAUGAUUAAAUAUUUCAGAUCCUUGAGAAUUUUUGAAAAAAUUGAGCUUGAGAACUUUCACACAAGCACUAAAUUAGAGGCUUUGAGAGAAGAAAUAAGAUUCAUGAUUGAAAGAGAUGGUUCUGCAAAAGGGAUUGUUUUUUGCGAGUUCACAUUAUUCUUAGAUCUUAUACACUACUCUUUGUACAAGUCUGGAGUAUCUUGCGUUCUGUUGAAUGAAAGCAUGUCACGGGCCACACGGGAUGCUGUUGUUAAUAGAUUUAAUGUUGAACCAGACUGCAGAAUUUUGCUCAUGACAUUGAAGGCUGGCGGUUUUGCACUCAAUUUGACAGUAGCAUCGCAUGUUUUCAUUAUGGACCCUUGUUGGAAUCCAGCUUUAGAGCUUCAGGCUCUAGGAAGAAUUCACCGAAUUGGACAAUAUAAACCUACAAGAAUUGUUAUGUUUGUCAUUGCAAACACGCUUGAAGAGGAGAUUUUUAAGGCACUGGAGAAUAAGAAACUAGUUGCUCAAGGGAUUUUAAACGAUUCUUUUGAAGCUAUGGAGCAAUUGUUAACUGAGGACUUUGAAAUCUCUAUAUCUUGCUAAAUGAGUGUAAAACAAAAAUGUAUUUGUUUAAUGUAUAAACAUCAAAUGCAUUGCAUAAUGUUUGCCUCUUUCAAAAAAAAAAAAAUUAUCCAUACAUACCCUUUUUAGAUUACACAUUCCGGAUUGAAUAAUGUAUGAACAUCAAUACUUUAAAUUUAAA